ACGAACAACCCAGUCGUAUUUCACACUUGGUCAAGUUAACAGUGUCUAUUGAUAAUCACUGGCGCAUCGUUUAAUUAUUCAGGGCCUUAAAUAAGGCAUUCAGAAUUUUAAAAUAUCCAGCGUGAACAACGAUCACCAAAAUGGGUGAUAUAAUUGAAAUGACCGGUGGUGGGACCAAUAUGGCGUAUCACGGUCUGAGUCAGCACGUAAAUUUUGACGUGAUACCAGAUCCUGGAGAUCGCUUCGUCUUGGAAGAAUUAAUCGGAGAAGGAACCUAUGGAGAGGUUUACAGUGCGUAUUGCAACGAAUCUGGCAAUAAAGUUGCAAUUAAAAUUUUGGAGAACGUCGCCGACAAUAUCGAGGAAAUCGAAGAAGAGUAUCUGGUGCUGAGAGACUUAAGCCACCAUCCUAAUAUUCCUCUCUUUCGUGGUUUGUUCUUGAAAAGAGCUAAACCUGCUCAAGAAGAGGAUCAAUUAUGGUUUGUCAUGGAGUUGUGCACCGGAGGGUCGGUGACCGAUCUCGUUCAAGGCCUGAAAAGAAAAGGAAGGCGCCUAACGGACGACCAAAUAGGUUAUAUCCUCGCAGAAACGGUGGAGGCACUAAUUUAUUUACAUAGCAAUCAUUGCAUGCACCGUGACGUUAAGGGACACAAUAUUUUGCUUACCGAAGAUGCACACGUCAAACUGGUUGAUUUUGGCGUGUCUUCGCAUCUCGUUGCUACCCUCGCCAGAAAAAAUACCUCGGUUGGCACACCGUACUGGAUGGCACCUGAGGUGAUAGCUUGCGAACAACAACUUGAUUCUUCUUACGAUUCUCGAUGCGACGUUUGGUCAGUUGGAAUCACGGCAAUCGAACUAGCAGAGGGCGAUCCACCCCUAUCUGAACUGCACCCUAUGAGGGCACUCUUUCAAAUCCCCAGAAAUCCACCACCGUCCCUCAAGAAUCCAGAUAUCCAUUCUCCAGAGUUGGUCGACUUCAUCACGGAAUGUUUGGUGAAAGAUCUCGAGCACAGGCCCUUUGCAAGCGAACUAAAAGAGCAUCCUUUAUUGAUGAAUAUCGAGUCGAAAGCGGAAAAGAUUAGAAACGAAAUACAAGAGGAGAUCCGACGUCAAAGAGCUGAAGGUAAAGUUCAUAGACAGCCCGAAGUAACGACCAAACACGGCAAAUUGAAGACCGAUCGGAAAGCUAGACCAGAAAAGAUGUAUAUGGACGACCUGGCUGCUUUGGACAUGUUGUCGGAGGAUGCAAUCGUCGAUCAAUUACAACACAGAUAUGAACAAACUCAAAUAUAUACUUAUAUCGGAGAUAUACUUGUAGCUGUUAACCCUUUCACAAAUUUGGGACUGUAUACAGGCAUUGAACAAAAGAGAUACAAAGGCCAAGCAAGAUCGGACAAUCCACCUCACAUUUUCGCCGUCGCCGAUGCUGCGUAUCAAGCACUGCUACAUCAACGACAAAAUCAAGCAAUUGUAAUUAGCGGCGAGUCAGGAGCAGGAAAAACAGAAAGUGCGAAUUUGCUGCUGAAACAAUUGGUUUACCUCAGCAAAGCUCCUAAUCGUAAUUUGGAAGAAAGAAUUCUUCAGAUAAAUCCGAUAAUGGAAGCUUUCGGUAAUGCGACUACUGGGAUUAACGCAAAUUCAUCGAGAUUUGGCAAAUAUCUUGACUUAACCAUGACUAAAGGUGGUAAAGUCACUGGUGCCAGAAUAUACGUGUAUUUGUUAGAGCAAUCUCGCGUUGUAGCUCAAGCUGAAGGUGAACGCAAUUUCCAUAUAUUUUACUACAUGUACGAUGGUCUGGAGGCAGACAAUCGUCUUUCAGAAUUCUACCUGGAUUCGAACCUUCGAAAGCAUCAUCGAUAUUUGACAGAUCAGAGUCAAACAUCUCAAACGCAUAUCGAUAAAUUUCAACAACUAAAAGUCGGUUUUAAAUUACUGGGAUUUCAAGAUAGCGAAGUGGACAUAGUAUAUCGUAUUCUGGCUGCGAUACUUCAUCUGGGUGAUAUCGAGUUUGGUGAAGUAGCCAGCGAGGAUAAUACCGAUAACAAAAGCCGCGUGAUUGAUACAACACCUUUACACAGAGUUUCGCAAUUACUCGGUGUGGAAGAAAAUGAUCUUUUGGAAGCAUUGACAUCAAAUUCCGUUAUGACUAGGGGAGAAACAAUCACGCGUAACAAUACGGUAGCCGAAGCGUGCGCGGCUAGAGACGCGAUGGCAAAAGGAUUGUAUGGUCGAUUGUUCGACUGGAUGGUCAAUCAAAUCAACUGUUUACUAUGUUUCAAUCGUUCACCGAAUUACGAACCGCUGGCAAUCGGCCUGCUGGAUAUAUUUGGCUUCGAAAAUUUCCCGAGGAACUCCUUCGAGCAACUCUGCAUCAACAUCGCCAACGAACAGAUACAAUAUUACUUCAAUCAACAUAUUUUCACCUGGGAGCAACAGGAAUAUAUGGCGGAAGGAAUACCGGUAGAUUUGGUCGAGUUCUCUGACAACAGACCCGUUUUAGAUAUGUUACUCAGCAAACCUAUGGGACUUUUGGCUUUAUUAGACGAAGAAAGUCGAUUUCCCAGAGCCACCAAUAAAUCCCUAAUCGAGAAAUUUCACAACAACAUCAAGUCCAAGUUCUACGUAAGGCCAAAAUCGGACGCAGUUUGUUUCGCGGUCCAUCAUUUUGCGGGUCGCGUAGUUUACCAAGCGGAUGGCUUCUUAGAAAAGAACAGGAAUUUCCUACCUCCUGAAGUAAUCCAGCUGAUCAGGCAAUCUCAGUACGAUAUGGUCCGUUUCUUGUUUCAAUGUCCGAUCACGAAAACUGGCAACUUGUAUUCGGCUGUUCACGAGACUGAUUCGAAAAAAUUGUCACAGUCGAAUCAGAAUACGAAGGAACGGUACUCCAGUCGGGGGUUGGCGUCACAAUCCAGAGCUCAACAAACCGUAGCAACUUACUUCCGUUACUCCCUUAUGGACUUACUCCAAAAGAUGGUGUCUGGGUCGCCACAGUUCGUACGAUGCAUAAAACCGAAUGACUCUAAGAGCCCACGAUUCUUCGAUAAAGAGAAAGUCGUGAAACAAUUGAGAUAUACCGGGGUCUUGGAGACAAUAAGGAUCAGACAAAAUGGAUUUUCGCAUAGAAUAUCGUUCAACGAAUUUCUAAAAAGAUAUUGUUUCUUAGCAUUUGGAUACGACGAACGUGUGGUAGCGAAUCGCGACAAUUGCCGUCUCUUCCUGAUCCGUUUGAAAAUGGACGGAUGGGCAUUGGGCAGAACAAAAGUUUUCUUGAAAUACUAUCACGUCGAGUUCCUUUCGAAGAUGUACGAGGAACAGCUGAAGAAAAUCAUUAUGGUUCAAUCGUGUGUUCGUCGAUGGCUCGCUAGGAUCAGAUUUAAGAAGCAGAAAUGGCAAUUCGCCGUGUCUGUUGUAACACUACAACGUCAUAUUCGUGGCUGGCUGUCGCGGAAGCACUUUUUAGAGGAAAUGAAGAAGAAACAAGAAGAAGAAGAAGAAGCAACUGUUCUACAAAAAAUGCAGGAGGAACAGAAAGAGAAGGUGGAGAUUGAGAAGCAGACAGAAGAAGACGAGGAAGAUGGAACUACGAAAGAAGAGUUGAAGGAAGAUGACGCUGCAGCUAUCAUACAAAGUCAUUUCAGAGGAUACACAAUUCGCAAACGCUUUGGACCUGAACUGGAAGAACGUUUCAAGAAGAUCUUGAACAACUACGAUGAUAAAUUUGAGGCACAUAAAGCGUUAUUGCGCGAAGGUUUAAAGAACGAAGAAGCAGCGUUUAUAGUCCAACGGUGGUACAAAAAGGAGAAAGUGAAAAAAAGGAAACCUCCGACAAAAGAUCCGGUACAUCAUAAAUUAAGGCAAGCUGAUCUCAUACAAUUUUCUCAAAACGUUCAUAUGAAAAACCAAGAAGUGCACAAGAAUCUACGUCACAAUAAGCCAGGAGUGCGAUUAAACGAGAUAGAAGAACCACCACCGGAUUAUGUUCGACCCGAAGGAUUCAACAUGGUGCAGCCGAUCAUGCAAUAUCGAAGUGGCAAUCAAGUGGAUGGAGAGGAAACGAUCAAGUACUACCGUGACUUAAAGGAUGAGAUGAGCAGUGGUUCGGACUUCGAAGAAGAAGAAGUUGGCUGGGACUUACCGUUGAUACAGCUAGAAAAUGACCUUCACCCAUUGACGAGGAGUCGAAUUGGGCAGAUUCUGGAAGUGAAUACCGAGAGGAGAGAACGUUUGGAAGCUCAGGGAGACUUUGCGAUAGCUUCGGAACAACAACUUUCGGAUAUAUGGCACAAAGCUUUGAGAAAUCCGAGCGAGGAUCAGCAACAAGAGAACUCGGGCAGAGUGGGUACAAGGACUAAUCACGCGGCUAGCAAAGACUUGCGGUUCCCUGAAAGAUAUUCGCGCUGUAAACAACCUACAGUCGACUCUUCGAAUAUCAACCAUUCAAAUGGCCUACGAUUCAAAUACAUCGACAGAUACAACGGUGUAAAUGACCGUCAACAAUCUAUCAGUGGUCAGCAGCAGCGUAUCGUCAAUGGACAUCAUGCUGCAAAUGCUCAUCAGAACCUGUUUAAGGGAGGUCAUAAUUUUACAAACGGACGAUCGGCGUUUGUUAACGGGCAAGUCCCUCUAAAUAAUUAUCACGGCCCCGCGAGCGGACACGAAACCACAAUCAAUAGCCAUUCAAACUCGGUUAAUGAACAUUCAUCGGCGAACAAUUUGGUCAAAGUUAAUGGACACCCACUUUGCAGUAACGGAUACCGAAAUAUCAUUAGUGGUUGUGAAAAUGGUCUGUUCAUAAAUAAAAUGGUCGUGGGAGAUGAUUUGAUCAAACCUUCAAAAUUAAAUAAUGGUCUUAAGAAUAAUAUAAAUGGUCGUGUAAAGGAGAUACAGCCUACGAAAGAAAAUGACAACUUAAGAAAACAUCGAUCACCUGGCGUAGACAGCAAAAAGGGAAUCGACCGAUUGGUUAAUUGUCAGAAUGCCAUCAAUGGUCGAUUAGCUGCGAGAAAAGAUUUGGGUAAGGAUACGUUUGGGAUCCCAGCUGAUCUCAGACAAAUCCUCAAACCUACUAUCGUCGUUCAGAAGCAACGAGAAAUCUUUAAGGUAGAUUAUGAUCCAGAAGAUAUCAAUGGACCGUAUAAUUUCCGGCAGCUAUUGAGACCAGCUGAAUACCUUCCUACGGAAUCUUUAAGAAAAAGAAAGGGCGGCAGCUUAGCUUGCAACGGAGUUUCGGUAUCAAAGGACAAGGUUACUGAGAAACACGUGAAAAGAAGAGCACCGCUCGCACCAAAUCAAAAUAAGCUCGUUAACGCGAAAAAAUAACUUUCUUAGACAUGUUUUUUCAGAUAUUCUACGGGCACCUAGACUGUCGUUAAACGAUGUAGAAUAAUUAUCGAUCGCAUAUACGAAUUCCCUAAAAAAUAUGUUUCUAGGGAUACAUAAGCACAGAAAUGGCAAAAGAUACUCGAAGAAGAUUUAAGAUUUGAAAAAAGUAUAAUAACUACAAAAUAAUUCUUAUCUAGUUAAUAUAACGCGGUUAUAUCGCAACAUAAGGCAAGAUAUUAAUAAUCCGUAAAUUUUAUUAACCGAUAUUUUUCAGUAUUAUUACCAUAUGAAGCUGAAAAUAUGCGAG